ACAGCGGGUUGGUCAGUGUGCCACAAACAUGGGAAGGGAGAGGAUUAUCAACAAAGUGCGCCUGUGCUUGGCCACCCUUGCCUUCCUCGCCACAGGCGGCGAUGCAGCUGGCUACUUCGGGAGGCUGAUCGGCCAGCUGGAGCCUCUGCAUCACCAGGUGCAGGGCGAGGUGUACGCGGUCGACUCCAGGACCAUCCACAUCCGGGGAUUCUCGUACGACGGCACAGCGCCAGACGCCUUCUUCUACGGCGGAUCGACCCCGAACCCGAGCGAGGCAGGAUUCAUCAUCCCGGACGAAAACGGAGGCGUGCAGCCCCUCGGCCGCUACCGCAACCAGGACAUCACGCUCACUCUCCCCGACGGCAAGACGCUGAAGGACAUCACCUGGAUCUCCGUGUGGUGCAGGGCCUUCGCGAUCGACUUCGGCAACGUGCGCGUGCCCGCCCGCCUCGACUACCCUCGGCCGCAGAAGAUCGACGCCCUCCCGACCUACGAGCACGGCGUCUCCUCCGACAGGAUCGUGGUGGUCGACGCCCAGACCUUCCUCAUCCCCAACUUCAGCUACGAUGGACAGGCUCCUGACGGCCACUUCUGGGUGGGCAAGGGCGCGACGCCUGGCCCCAGCGGCAACAUGGUGCCCGACGAGAACGGGUCGGAGGAGCCCCUGAAGCGCUACUCGGGCAAGACGAUCGUGAUCACGCUGCCCGGCGACCAGACGGUGUUCGACAUCGACCACCUGAGCGUGUGGUGUCGCGCCUUCUUCGCCGACUUCGGCCACGUGCGCGUGCCCAGGAACCUCAACGUGCCGCCGUCGCUCAAGAUGCUCGGCGUGGCGCCGCAGGUCAGCCCUCGCUCCUUCUUUUCAUUCAGUUGUUUUUCCUUAAAGCGUUUUCUGGUACCAUGUAAGAGCAUAGUGAUGAGAGUGAUAGGAAGAGAGAACAACGGGCAGUACAUGGCGUUCGGUCCCUCGGGCUCCCUGACGAGGUCGGUGAUGGUGGGCGGCGACGUGGUGGUGGCGUGGCUCAACCAGGGCACUGGCGAAGGCGUGGCGUCCGACUACUACCUCGGGGCCAAGGCGCAGUGCCAGGGCGGACGGGGGUCCUGCCCGGACGACAAGAUUAGGGGCAGUAGCAACAACGUGCGCCUCCUGAACGCGGCCCUGAUCAACGACUUCACGAUGCUGACGUUCCAGCGGCCGCUGCGCGCCGUCGACGCCUCCGACACGGGCAUCCUCACCAACGGGUCUCAGGCUGUCAUCUGGGCUGUCGGGCCCGUCAACUCGCAGGGGGACACGUCCUAUCACUCGCUCAGGCUGAGAGGCGACAUGUUCAUCGACUUCGGCCGGACGCCCAAGUGGAACUGCCCGCUGCCGGAGGAGCAAGGCGCCGGCGGAGGCCUCGUGUCCGGCCCUGCCACGCCCCCGCCCGCGCCGCCCACCAACAACGCCUGGUACAUCCCGCCCGUGCCCUGCUACGAGCCCGCCGACGGGGUGUUCUACGCGCAGAUCGGCCCGUCGGGAGGACAGAGCGGCUACAACGCCAUCACGGGCCACGUGGGUUGGGGCGUCGCCUGGUACAUCAACGGCCUCCUCAUCCCCGAGAUCAACGUGGUGCGGGGCAAGACGUACACCUUCGUGGUGGAGGGCGGCUACGACCCCGAGCGACCCGCCCGCUACCACCCCUUCUACAUCACGGACGACCCCGAGGGCGGCUACGAGUUCAAGACGCCCGCUGAGCGAUCGCGCACGCGCGUGUUCGCGGGCGUGGGCCAGGACCGCGACGGCGUGCCGGUGCCCACGGCGUACGGGCGGCUGUGCGAGUGGACCGAAAGCCCGAGCCAGCCCGCCGACGCCUUCGAGUCCUUCGGCGCCUACCAGAGGACGCUCCAGCUGGACUGCCAGGAGGGGCAGCCCGGGAUCCUGCAGUGGACGCCCGACGCGGCCACGCCGGACACCGUCUUCUACCAGUGCUACACCCACCGCUACCUGGGCUGGAAAAUCAACGUGGUCGACGCCUGCGACUUCGAGCCCCUCCAGGCGGCGGGCACGGUCGGGCAUCCGGUGGUGGUGCCGGGCCCUCAGGAAGAUGGCGAGGACAUGGUCGUGGCCGAGUCUGCUCAGGUUUUCACUUCCGACGGCACCCGCCUGGCGCCCGAGUCUCUGCCGACGCCGCCCGAGCUCACCACCAGACAUCGCGUCACGGGGGCCUCCAUCACCAACCGCCCUCAGGUGGUGCCCUUCCGAGGGGAGCUUCCGCCGCCCAUCCCCGACAGAGUGCCGCACUUGCCGCAGUUCUCCCCGCAAACCCGACCGCAGAGCCGGAAGACCACGGUGCCGCCGCCGCCCCUGCCGGCCGACCUCUCGCCCGAGAUGAUCCUCCCGCAGCAGCAGGACGACCCGAGGAGGAGGGUCGCUCCCGCUUUGCUCCGCCACCAGGGGCUGUCCGCUGACAUCGGCCGGAACCGAAUCCUGGCCGUGUCAGACUUCCCGACGACCGCCGAA